CCUGCCCCGGGGGUGAUGAGGUCUGGGGACCGGGGGGCUCUCCACCCCGGGGGGGAUGAGGUUUGGGGACCGGGGGCUCCCUGCCCCAGGGGUGACGGGGUUUGGGGACCGGGGGCUCCCUGGCCCGGGGUGACGGGGCUGGGGGGCGGGCGGGCACCUUUCAGUCCGCGGGUUUCCCCCGGCGUGCCCGGUAGCUGCGGGCCCCGCGGUGCCGGCCGUGCCCUGACCGGCCGUUGCAGGUGCCGGGGGGUCCCCGUGGCGCUGGCGCUGUGCGCAGCCGCCUGGAGCUGUGCCGCGGGCCUGGCCCUGGAGCGGGACCAGCCGUUCCGCGUGCCCCCCGGCUGGGCCCACGCCGGCCGCGUCAGCCCCGGCCACGACCUGCAGCUGACCUUCGCGCUGCGGCAGCGGGGCACCGCGCGCCUGGCGCAGCUCGUCCGCGCCGUCUCGGACCCCCGCUCGCCGCGAUACGGCCAGCACCUGUCCCUGGAGCAGCUGCGGGACCUCGUCCAGCCGUCCUCGGCCACGCUCAUGACGGUGCUGAAGUGGCUGCAGGGCCACGGUGUCGAGAACUGCAGGAGCGUCGCCACUCUUGACUUCCUGGAGUGCCGCAUGCCGGCGAGCACGGCCGAGCGCCUCCUGCCCGGCGCCGAGUUCCACCGGUACGUGAAGGGCCAGCGCAGCCUCGUGCGCUCCCCGCGGCCCUACGCCGUCCCCGAGGAGCUGGCCGAGCACGUUGACUUCGUGGGAGGUCUGCACCGCUUCCCCGCGGACAGGAAGGCGGUCAGCAGAGCCUGGGCCAAGGACACCGAGUCGGGGCGGCACGGUGGAGGGGGAGCAGCUUUCCACCUGGGCGUGAUGCCCUCCGUCAUUCGCAAGAGAUACAACAUGACGGGAGGAGACGUCGGGCUGCUGCCCAACAACAGCCAGGCCUGUGCCCAGUUCCUGGAGCAGUACUUCCACCAGGCCGACCUGGCAGAGUUCAUGCAGCUCUUCGGCAGCAGCUUCGCCCACCGCUCCCAGGUGGACCGGGUGGUUGGGCACCAGGGCACGGGCAAGGCCGGGCUGGAGGCCAGUCUGGACGUGGAGUACAUCAUGAGCUCGGGCGCCAACAUCUCCACGUGGGUCUUCAGCACCGCAGGGAGGCACGAGAGCCAGGAGCCCUUCCUGGCCUGGCUGCUGCUGCUCAGCAACAUGUCGUCGCUGCCCUGGGUGCACUCGGUCAGCUACGGGGAUGACGAGGACAGCCUCUCGCUGGCCUACAUGGAGCGGGUCAACGUGGAGUUCAUGAAGGCGGCUGCCCGCGGCUUGACCGUCCUGUUCGCCUCCGGUGACGACGGCGCUGGCUGCAGGAGGGUGUCCGGGGGCAACCACACGUUCCGGCCCAGCUUUCCAGCCUCGAGUCCGUACGUCACCACCGUGGGCGGAACGUCGUUCAAGAACCCGUUCCUGGUGACCGCGGAGGUGACCGACUACAUCAGCGGGGGCGGCUUCAGCAACGUCUUCCCCAUGCCCAGCUACCAGGCUGCUGCCGUGGGGCGUUUCUUGCGCUCGGCCGCGAAGCUGCCGCCCGGCUCCUACUACAACAGCAGCGGCCGCGCCUACCCCGACCUGUCCGCCCUCUCCGACAACUACUGGGUGGUGACGAACCGCAUCCCGCUGCCCUGGGUGUCGGGCACGUCGGCGUCCACGCCGGUGGUGGCCGGCAUGGUGGCGCUGGUCAACGACCGGCGGCUGCAGCGGGGGCUGCCGCCCCUGGGCUUCCUCAACCCCGCGCUGUACCAGCUGCAGGAGCAGGGCCACGGCGCUGCGCUCUACGACGUCACGCAGGGCUGUCACCUGUCCUGCCUGGACGGCACGGUGCAGGGCCAGGGCUUCUGCGCCGGCCCCGCCUGGGACCCGGUCACGGGCUGGGGAACGCCCAACUUCCCGCUGCUGCUGCGGGCGCUGCUGCCGCCGCCGUGACGCGCCCGCGCGGCCACCGGGGGGCGGGGGCACGGGGGGGCGGGGCCGCCGCGCUGUCAAUAAAGCCGCCGGUCCCGCA